AAACCAAUGAACAGAACAACUUUAUUUAUUCUAGUUCUGUUAGUUUGUCAUUCUUGUGCACAAGACUUCCAGAACACCACCUACUAUGCAAAGUUCAAGUCAGCCGAAGACAGUGGACCAAUGUCCAUCACAACUUAUUUCUCACCUGACACAAGUAUCCAAACCGAGACUGAAUUAGUUUUGGAUGCUCAAUCAACCAUUGACAUUGGUAUUCCAAGUUUCAGUUCAUGGGCAUAUUGUUCUUCCACCUACAAUGGCAUCUAUGGCUGUACUGUUGCUGACCAAAGAAGCACAGAGACAUUCCCUAUAUGGGGAGCUUUGCUCAAUGCCAUCAACCGUGGUGUGACUGUUAGGAUUUUAACCAACAACUACUACGGUCCAAAUCAAACUUUGACCGAUGGUUACAUUGAUCCAAUCAGUUUCCUUGCUCUUGCUGGUGCCAAAGUCAAGUACUUCACCACUUUGACAUUCCUCCAUACAAAGUAUAUGAAUAUCGAUGGCAAGACAACUUCAAUCUCCUCUAUCAACUACAGCCAAACAUCAUUCAUGAAGAAUCGUGAGGCUGGUGUCAUCGUCCAGGGCUCUCAACCCAUCUCAUCGUUCACCACCGAGGUGUUUGAUUAUGAUUGGGAUUUAGGUAUUGAUUGGCCCACUCUUUCCUAUUCACAGAGCAACAUGGCAAUCAUUACCAAUAAGACACCCGUAAAGAUUGUAGUGCCACCACCCAAUAGCUUUCCAGGUAGCUAUGUCACCAAGGCUACGACGACCUCUGGAAACGUUGAUGCCGAGGUUUUCACCUCUCCAGACGAUGCUUGGGACAUUGUCACCUCUGAUAUUGCCAACUCCAAGUCGCUCAAGGUGUACAUCUACCAGAUCACCGACUCUGACUGGUGCGACCUGGUAGGUAACUACUCUGGUGAACUCACACUCCUCGUGUCCAACAAGAUUUUCUCCUACACCGACUAUAAGAGUGCCUUGGCUUGCUACACCCAUCUGUCUCAACAUGGUAUCACCAUCCGUAAGACGAACGCCAAUAUGUACACCUACUCCCACCAAAAGUAUUGGAUCCUUGAUGACAACCGUGUCUACUUGUCCACCGGUAACUGGGGCAACACUGACUAUCCCAAUGGAUCUCAAGUGUUCCCACCUGAUACAACUGACCCAUCCCAAUGGAGAAAGACCAAUCGUGACUUCACCAUCAAGAUGGUCAACAGUGAUGUUGUGGCUAUCUACAACACAGUCUUUGAGGAGGACUAUACCAGGGGCUAUAACUGGACACCA